AAGGGGACCCCGCCAGCCUCCAUGGCUCACUCGUCAGACCCGUCCCGCAGGGAGAAGACCCCCGCGACCCACGGGUCACACACAGCUACACGCAACCUCUUACGGAAGAAGGAGCAGCGGCGGCGUGGAAUCCGAUCCUCCUCACCGAUGGGCCGGGUCAUCCUCAUCAACUCUCCCGUGGAUGGCGGAGAUGACAGCGAGGACCUCCACACAAUCACAGUGGACAAAAGCGUGGAUGGGAAGCUGGGUUUCAGCGUGCGUGGCGGCUCCGAGCACGGCCUCAGCAUUUUUGUCAGCAAGGUGGAAGACAACAGCACGGCAGAGGACGCUGGCCUGCUUGUAGGAGAUAAGCUGGUGGAGGUGAAUGGCGUCAGCCUGGAGAGCAUCACCAUGAGCAGCGCCGUCAAAGUCCUGACGGGCAACAACAGGCUGAGGAUGGUCGUGAGACGAGUAGGGAAAGUUCCCGGCAUCCGCUACUCCAAGGAGAAGACGACCUGGGUGGACCUGAUACACCGGCGCAUGGUGGUGGAGGAGAGUGGACGGACGCCCUCAGAGGCCAGCUCGGGCAGCGCCCUCCGAAGGAUCGUCCAUCUUUACACCACCUCCGACGAUUACUGUCUGGGCUUCAACAUACGUGGAGGGAAGGAGUUCGGUCUCGGCAUCUAUGUUUCAAAACUGGAUCCAGGCGGCCUGGCGGAGCAGAACGGGAUUAAGAUGGGAGACCAGAUCCUGGCCGCCAAUGGCGUGAGCUUUGAGGACAUCAGCCACAGCAACGCGGUGGAGGUGCUGAAGAGCCACACGCACGUCAUGCUGACCAUCAAGGAAGCAGGACGAUACCCUGCUUAUAAAGAGAUGGUGGCAGAAUACAUGUGGCUCAAUAAGUUGGCCAAUGGGACUCAGAAAUCCUCGUCGCAGGGUUCAGAGUCCAACUCUUCAGCCUCGUCUCUGUCGUCUGGGACUCCGGUCAGCUCCCUGAGCGGCCUGUCACAGGUCAUGUUCCCUCCCAGCCUGCCGUUUGGAUCAGAUAUGGUGGACGUCUGCAUCUCCACCGAAGACCAGAGGUCGGAGUCUGAGCGGACCGAGACGGCCAUCCAGACGGACCUCCCCCCACAGAGAGGCGGUGCGGACACCACCCGCAGCCUGGGCCGCACCACCCUGCUCAAAGACACCGCCAUCCGCGGGGAGGAGGCCCGAGGGAGGAGCGAGUCCACCAAGACCGCCGUGCUGCUGGCCCUCAGCAGGCCGAGCCGGCCAAUCAGCCGGUCGCAGAGCCAAGUCACCGUGGCAGAGAUCAAGCAGAAGAAGGAGAAGAAACAAAAAGGGAAGGACCCGGAGGAGAAGAGCACCCUGCAGCGCUCGAAGACCUUCGUCAACCUGCUGUUCAGGGGGGGCCGCAGGAGAGACGCCUCUCGAGGGCGCUCCAAGUCUCCUGCCACAGACAAGGGUGGCAAAGAGGUACGACAGGCCGGAGCGACGCCAAACUCAGAGAUGCUGGGGGUGGUGGAGGACAUGGCCCGCCGGCUGCUGAGCGAGGAGGAGGUGGCUGCGGUGCUGACAGCCUGCAGGAGGUAUGUGGCAGAGCGCUCGGUGGAGAACCUGAUAGGCCACCUGCUGGUCGUGCUGGACCGACCGGAGAAGCUGCUGCUGCUGAGGGAGGUCAGGAUGCUGCUUCCUCCGUCCGACCUGGGCGUCUUCAACAGCAUGGUGACAGCCGUGGAAGUCGAAGCCUACGACAUCCUGAAGUAUCGCUCAGUGCGGACUCCUCCUCUCCGCUCCCCCAUUUCUGGCCGAGCACCCAAGCGGCGCCUCAUCACGCCCAUCCCGGAUUACAGAGGAGGUUUUGAGCUCCACAGUGCGGAGGAGGUGGAGAAGGAGAGCCAUCUGCUGGAGGAGCUGGAGAAGCUCAGCGUGAGCGGGACUCGCCGGCAGACCCCCAGGUCCUUCGCCCCCCUGCUGGACAUCCCGGUGGAUGGCUACAGUGCUGAACCCAGAGACCUCAGACCCCCCUCCACCAGCCCGGUGCCCCCCAACUGGCUGCUGGCCCACGGCGGCGACUCCCACCCUCCUCUCCGGACAGACAUCGGCACGAUCCGCUCCGUCCACUUCGACGAGGUGUCUCUGCACUCCGCUUCAGACAAGGGGGACGUGAACUCAGAGAGGGGGCGCCCCCCCUUCAGAAACGGUCACCCUAAAGCUGAAAAGGAGCGGAGCGGGGACAGAAGCAGAGACACCGUGUUCACGCUGCAGAGCGCCGCUCAGAGGAACCGGCCCCCGCUGUCCCAGGUGUUCGGGUCGGGUCCCGAUCGACAGCUGAACGGGCAUCGAGGUUCACCUGAAGACCGGCUCAAUGGGAGCGACGGCGAGUUCCAGCUCAAAACCAUCAGCAUCUCCAAAACCAAGCAGUCACUGGGGAUCAGCAUCUCUGGCGGGAUGGAGUGGAAGGCUCAGCCGGUGGUGAAGAUUGAGAAGAUCUUUCCUGGAGGGGCUGCUUCCACCUGUGAAGUGCUGAAGGCCGGAUUCGAGCUGGUGUCAGUGGACGGAGUCUCACUGCAGGGAGUCACCCAUCAUCAAGCUGUGGACAUCAUCCGAAAAGCCUUCAGCAACAAGGCCAAAGACCCCAUGGUGUUUGUGCUCAAAGUCCCCAAAGAGCUUUGAGAGG